AUGGACGCUGAAGAAACUUCCGAGAAAUGUGUAUUUGAGUUAGAAUGUACGAACAAUUCUCAUCCAUUUCAGGUCCGCACUGUGACGAUCGAGCCCGGAAAUGAGGUACUAGUUGGUCGCUCCCGUAACAGUAAACGCAACAGAACCCAGGAAGAAACUAAUCUUAUGUUUGACAGCCGUGCCCUUUCCCACAGCCAUGCUACACUAUUCUAUCAAGAUGGAAAAUUGUAUCUCAAGGAUCUUUGUAGUUCGAAUGGAACGUACCUAAAUGGGGAAAGCAUUGGUCCCGAAAGAGCUGUUAUGAGUGAACCUAUACGACGAGAAUUAAAAACGGGCGAUAUUUUACGAUUUGGAAAGCUUCGUUGUAUUACCAAACAUAGUGACAUAGUUAACCCGAUUGAAGCAAAGCUAACGAUCAAGUAUCCCGCAUCAUCUGGAGAGUCUAACGAUCAGCCUAAAGAAAUUAUGAUUAGUUCAAAAUCCUACACACCUUACGAAGGACGACAGUUGGAACAAACUAUGGUAAUGGAACAAGAGCCCAAGAAAGAGCUCAAAAAAGAGCCCGUUUAUUCGACUGCCAACAAGGUAGUAAAAAGGAAUGUUCAAAUCAAAUCAGUGAAUAUCAGCGACUGCGGAACGGAAACGGAGGGAGUACCUUCCAGUACCAUAUCGACACAAGUUUUACCGGACGAGCUAGAGAAACAGAUUGAGUGCAAAAACUGUGAAAUCAUAUCUAAAGAGUUUUAUAAGUAUCGAAAGCGAGCAUUGCUUACUAUUGCGGUAUGCUUGCUAAUCAUUGUACUUUAUCAGCAAUAUUUAACCUUUUUUUUAAAUUAA